UUAGGGUUUUUAUAAAUCUGAUAAAAGACCAUGAUCUUCGGGUUAUCGUCAUCUUCAUCGUCCUCCGCCGCCAACGGCAAUGGCCAAGUCAACCCUAAACCCGAUCGAAUGACAUUACUGAUUUGGGGUGUGGCCUCAAUGGCGGCUCUUGUUAUGGUAACUGUCGGGUUAGUGAAAGCAAGCAUACCGCCGCUGCCUCCGAUGAUCAGACAAGUGUCGAUGGAUUUCACAGUCGUUGACGUAACCGACGAUGAUCGGAUCGGAGCCAAGUGGGACGUGUUUCUACGGCUGCCUCCUGAAUUUGACUUUUAUGUUCGUUGUACGGACGGAGAGGUCCAAGCCUCCAUUCUCUACCGCAAUCUUACAAUAGCAACUUCAUCUCCUCAAAGGUACGUUCUCGUCGCUGGAAGGGAGAGGGGUCUAGCAGAGGUGGUUAGGGUUUCAGUGGCGGCGGCGGAGCAGGAAGGUGGGGUUGGUAAAAGCAUCAUGGAUGAUAUCAAGGAGAGGGGCGAAGUGCGCUUCCAAACGCGGUUGCUCCUUACGGAUUGCAGGGAAGACAAAACUGGUCGGAUUCGUUACCUCUGUGAUGAAGCCGCGGUUGUCCCUUCUCCCGACGCUCCCCAGACUUUGACCACCCUCCCUCAGGACCGUCCCCAAUGCCGCGAUUCUUCAUAAUCUCUUUUUGGAUUUUUCUUCUCCAUAUAUAUUCUCUUCUUAAUAAUUGUCAAACCAAUCUUGUGUUUUUUAGGCUUACGACAAAAUCCCUUUUGCUUAACCAAAUAAGAUCAUAUUCGACACA